CGUUCACGGACAACACAGCACUAGUGACGACGUAGGGGCACUUCUUGUGUUGUUAGCUUAGCGGUGCUAACUUACGAAUACAUAAACAGUAACAACACCUGUUACACCUGUGUUUAACCCGUUACGGUCUAUUUUCUUUGUUUUUAUUUAAAGUUUAUAACUGAAGUUUAUUUCUGCGAUGGGAUUUGUAACAUUAGCUGCAGAGGUUGGAUUUAUACGAGCAAACGUGAGCUAGCUCCCGGCUAAAAAAAGAAAAAGGUGUGUUUGUCUCUCCUGCAGAGCUGCAGACUGUCCGUGCUGUGUUUACAUCCCUGCUGUCGUUUCAAUGGGGAAAAGGAAAGACAUGAUUCACCCCAGGUUUCUCGGUGAAGGCGGCUCGAGCCUGCACAGCGUUCACAAGCGCAAGCACAAAAAACACAAGAAGCACAAGAGGAAGCACCACAGCUUCCCAGAGAUGCCAGAACCCGAGCCCGUGCCCAUCAUGAUCCCUCGGCCUCCGUCACAGCUCCGACUCAAGAUCAAACUGGGAGGACAGACACUGGGUACCAAGAGUGUUCCCACCUUCACCGUGCAUCCAGGUGUGGCUUGUCCUCCGUCUCCCCUGAUGAUCAUUCAUAAUAAUGAUGUUGAUGACGACGACGACGACGAUGACGAUGAUGAGGAGGACGACGAUGAGCCCUCUGUGCCUCUGGAGCAGUAUCGGGCCUGGCUGGAUGAAGACAGUAACCUUGCCACAUCCCCUAUGCCAGACAUGGACUCGGACUCCAUGCUGGGCGGUCCAGUGGACGAGGAGGAGAGGUGGCUUGACGCUCUGGAGAAAGGAGAGCUCGACGACAACGGGGAGCUGAAGAAGGAGGUCGACGAGUCUCUGCUCACAGCGAGACAGAAAGCCCUGCUGCACAAGCAGCAGAGCCAGCCUCUCCUGGAGCUCCCCAUGGGCUACAAGGAGAAAGAGAUGACGGCGGAGAUGAUGCAGAAGCGGGAGGAGCGAGCCAGAAAGAGACGCCUGCAGGCCGCCAAGAAGGCCGAAGAGAACAAGAACCAGACGAUAGAGAGACUGACAAAAACCAGCAAGGCCAAGAUCAAAAGCAUGAAAGAGAGGAAGUCCAAGCUGAAUCAGUGCCCCAUGAUCCGGUACAGCGACUCCGCCAAGGGAUUGGCCAUCUCCUUCCCCACGGGGGUCACUGCUCCAGCUCCGACGGCGCCACGUCCUCCACCGGCGGCUCCGGUGAACUGCGGCGUCAGCGGCUGCACCAACCUGAAGAAGUACUCGUGCUCGAAGACCGGAGUUCCUCUCUGCAGCCUCGAGUGUUACAAGAGGAACCUGCUGCUCGUUCAGAGCGCGGCUUGAACUUUUUUUUUCCCAGGACGUGGAAGAUAUGAUUUGAACUCAGGAAUCCAGCAUGGAUUCACUUUUUUAUCUCCGUCUUAUUAAUAAUGGCUUUUUCCCUGCAGUGAUGCUGGUUACACAGUUCAAUUAUGUACACUGUAAACUCUGUGUACCAGCCUGAACAUGACACAUUAUUUAUGAUCUCUAUCCGUUGGAAAAAAAUGAAUGAAAAGAAUAUUUUUGUAAAAGUUUGGAGGCAGAGUAUGAUUGUUUCCACGAGCUUGAACUCAUUUUGAUUCAUCAAUAAUGUAAAAGGUAAAAACCACAAUAAACAAGAAACUGUUUUUGCUUCUUCAA